GUCACCUCCCGCCGGAGAACAUCGUCCCUUACAUCGGCAACAAGAUGAAGUACGGCAGCGGCGUUCGCAUCAAAGGCUUCGCCGAGGGAAUGUGGGAGAUCCAGAACACGCCGGGAGUCGGGAGCAAAGUCAAAGUACCAGCACCGACCAACAAACAAACCACACCCCCUAAAUCGACCUCUGCAAAUAAAGCUCCACCUGCCAAACUGACCGCCGCUGUUAAAGCUACGCCUGCCAAACUGACCUCUGCGAAGCCCGACAGUAAACCUGCUGCUGCUGCUAAAACUCCUACCAGAUCUUCGUUAAGAUCCGCUCCAGAGAAAACAACAGACUCGGGGCAGAUUUCUAAACAGGCUCCGACUUCCAAAGACGUCGCCCCGACAGAUUUGUCCGGGACUGUUGCGAAUACGAGGAGCAGAAGGGCAGCUGCUAGUGUCGCCCCGUCUGCUAACACCACUCCUACAGACAGUAAGGAGGCAGCAGCAACAACGGCGAAAACAAGAACUCCGUCCAAACCGGCUGAGAAACCGACUCCUGCAGACGCUGCAGACAAUAAACCGGCUGAAACAAGAACUACGAGAAGAUCUGCGGCUGAGAAGAAAACUCCAGACUCCAAACGAGCUACUGAGAAGGUUGAAUUAUCAUCAACUUCCACCACUACAGAUACUGAAGAGGCUACAAGCGCCGUCACUACCAGGAGCAAAGUAUCCGUGUCCAAGGAUGUCGCUGAGCAGAACAAGAGGAGGUCUUCUGCUGGUCCUGCUGUCGCUCCAGUCGGCAAGAAACUGAAGACGACAGAAUCAAAGUCUGCGCCGACACAAAUGUCCAAGAACAACAGAGGAAAGAAAGAACAGGAGGAGGAGGAAGAGGAGGAGGAGGAGGAGGAAGAGGAGGAGUCAUCAGAGAGACAGGGAGUCAAGACGAGAAGAGAACAGAAGGAGGUGCAGAAGAAGAAAAGUCAGGACGGCAGCAAAGGAAAGAAAGAAGAGACAUCAGAGAGCAAAGGAACAAAGAGUAAAGAGGAGGAGAAAGGGAAGAAAAUAAAGCAGGACGAAGGUGCGGAAGGAAAGAAGUCAGCAGAGAGCCGAGGGAUAAAGACGAGGAGGGCGGAGAAAGAGGAACAGAAGGAGGAGGAGGCGAAGAAAGCUAAACAAGAUGGAGAGGAAAAGAAAGAGGAGAGGACGAGGAGAGAAACUCGGUCGGAGAGCGAAGGAAGAAAAAGAGAAAAGGAGGUUUCAGAAGAGAGCCGGGGAACAAAGAGGAAGAGGGAGGAAGAGAUGAAGAGAACAAAGGAGGCUGGAGAGGAAGGAAAGAAAGAUGAGAAGACUGAUGAUGAGGAGGAGAAGGAGGGCAGUUCUGUGGACAAGGAGCGACAGCGCCACCUGGCGGCCAAGAGGGAGAGUUUACUGAAAUCUCUGAAAGGUCUGCUCAAAGCCGGGAGAGUAACGAGGAGGAGGGAGGCGAUGAAGAGCUUGCAGUAAGACACACACACACACACACCACACCACACACACACACA